CUACAGCUCAAAUAUAGUAAACUAACUAGAUAACAGCAAUUCUUUUGAAAAAGGCAAAAAAGGAAAGAACAAAAAACCAGAAUCUCGUCUAUUUGUGGAUCCCCCUUCUAAAAGCCCAAGCCUACUCCACGUUCUCCUCCUCAUUCUCCGCCGCAAAAAAUAGUUACCCUGCACACCCUCUUGGGACUGUUUGUUGUCAGGAUUUGUCCACUGGAAUUCAAAGCCGUUGGGAAAUAAAAGUCCCCCAGAAUUGAAAUACUUGUUUCCACGUUUCUGUGGUCUUAAAAACUCCUAUAUAAACAAUUGCCCAUAUUCAAUACACUAUCCAAAACUGUAGCGGAAUCUAGUACAAGGGAGAUCCUGCAGAUUCAAGUCAGUCAGUCAGUAUAUUAUAAGCAGGCUUUGUGAUGGAGGGUGUUAAGGAAAGAAGAAUUUUGGUUGCAGUAGAUGAGAGUGAGCAGAGCAUGUACGCUUUGCAAUGGGCCGUGGAUAAUUUGCAGCUGGGUCCUGUUGACACACUGAUUUUGUGUAAUGUAAAGCGCCUUCCUGUUGCUUUUGAAGGCCUUGGAGGACCUGGGACAGUGCUCACGCCUGAGGUGUCCCUGUCCUUGGAGAAGUAUCAAGAGAGGGUUUCUGAGGACGUUAUGAAAAAGGCGAGGGAAAUCUGCGGUGGAAGUCAGGUCAAGGUAGAGGAGAAAAUCGUAUCAGGAGAUGCAAGAGAUAGUCUCUGUGAAGCAGUCAAGAAGUUUGGAGUAGAUUUUCUUGUUAUUGGGAGUCAUGGCUAUGGCACUAUCAAAAGGACUUUUCUGGGGAGUGUUAGUGACUACUGUGCACAUCAUGCAAAAUGUCCUGUCCUCAUUGUGAAGAAGCCUCAUCAUUGAUGUUGCAGAAUAACUUCUCAUUGAGUUAUGUGUUUUACUCAUCUGCAUUGUUAGCAAAAAGUAAGUACCAUUUUCAGCCUUGGACAGUCAUUACCCUGAUGAAAGACCAUCUACAUUUCUGUUUGUCUCUCUCAUUGGAGAAUAAUAAAUUCACUGUUUGCAAGAACAGAAAAUUCAAAGGGUUUUAGGAAGUUUAUAGCGUACUUCUGCUCAUGUGCCAAAGAUAUUUGUGUCAAUUCAAGAAGAAAAUACAUCUAAAGAACAAGGUUUAGAGGAAGUAUGGUAGGUGAUUAUGCCUUUAGAGCUAGACUUCUUUGCUUCGGGAGUAAGUUUGUAAAGAUGUUACGAACCUUUAGUUUAUAUUUUAUUUUCCUGAAUAAUAUAAGAGUCCAUUAUUUAAUUUGAAAA